CUGAGCUGCUCUGUUCUUUUCCGGUGCUAGACCUCAUCCCUGCAGCCUCGACUGUGUACCUGCGCCAGAGUCACCCCGAAGUGACGUAUCGCCGACAGACGCCUGAACUACCUACUUUAGGUACCGGACAACGCGGAGAGAGUGCUGGAGGACUGGUGGGUGGGCCUUGGAUUGCACGGAGGGGCUGCGUAUAUGGGCGAGAGGCAGUGUUGUUGAAAGAGCAUGCAUGAUAUCUACGAGACGGAGGCGUGAUUAGGACAACUGCCCACGAUGCGGGUCUGCGCUGGCCUGUUCGCUCAUGUGCUGCUGGCGGUGCAGACAGCGGCCGCGCCUCCAGCUCAGGUGCCUCUGAGCGAGUCUUUCAAAGAGCCUCUGGGAGAUGCUCAGAUAGGAAAGAAACGGCCACUCCAUGGUCGGUUUCUGCACAUCACUGACUUCCACCCGGAUCGGUUUUAUGAGGUCUACACGUCGACGUCUGAAGAGGCGGCAUGUCACCGAGGGCAGGGUCCGGCAGGCAUAUAUGGCGCCGAGACCAGCGAGUGUGACAGUCCGAUCGCUCUGAUCAACAAGACCAUGGACUUUGUCGCAAAAGAGUUCAAGGACAAGGUGGAUUUUGUGAUAUGGACCGGUGACUCUGCGCGACACGACAACGAUGACGACCUGCCGCGCACAUCGGAGCAAGUGCUUGGACUUAACAAGUUCAUGGUUCAGAAGAUGGCUGAAGUAUUUGGUAAGCACGAUGGCGACGAGGAGGACGAAGACCCCAAUAACGACUUCAUUAUUCCUAUUGUGCCCAACCUGGGAAACAACGACAUUCUCCCGCACAACAUUCUAGCCAAGGGACCAAAUAAGUGGACAAGGGCGUACGCAGGGCUAUGGAGGCAAUUCAUCCCACAAGUACAGUCACACUCAUUCGAGCAAGGAGGCUGGUUCUAUGUGGAAGUGAUUCCCGGAAAGCUCGCGGUCUUCAGCUUAAACACGAUGUAUUUCUUCGGCAGCAACGCGGCAGCAGACGGUUGCGCACUUCACGGCGAACCGGGGUACCAACAAAUGGAAUGGCUUCGCGUACAACUGCAGUUCAUGCGCGAUCGAGGCAUGAAGGCGAUGAUGGUUGGGCAUGUUCCACCUGUUCGUCAAGAGGCCAAAACGUUAUGGGACGAAACAUGCUGGCAGAAGUAUACGUUGUGGACUCGACAAUUCAGAGACGUAAUCGUCAGCAGUCAUUUUGGCCACUUCAAUUAUGAUCACUUCAUGUUUCAAGACUUUAAAGACCUCAAGAAGGGUACAAAGAAAGGGCAAAUGCAGUCUUUACAGGCACUUCAAGAAGACGAUGACGUUUCCGCACAAGUGAAGCCGGACUACUUCUUGCAGCUACGGGAUGAGUGGUCAAAGUUACCCUCGCCCCCUCAAGCCAAAGCUCACAACUGGCUCGUUAUGGCGUUCGGCAAGCAGAAGGACUUCAAGAAGAAGCAGAAAAAGUAUUUGAAGAAGAUUGGUGGCAAAUAUGCUGAACGCUUCUCUGCCAGUUUUGUAAGCGCCAGUGUAGUACCGAAUUUGUUUCCAACGAUGCGUGUGUUCGAAUACAAUAUUACAGGCCUCGAGCACCACAACUUCGACCAGAGCACUAUACCGGCUCCAGCACCAUUCGACUUUAACAGUACUGGAGUCUCGAUUGAUGGAAAAAAGAAGCAGAAGAAGAAAAAGAAGGCACAUAAGAAGUACAAGUUUACAGUACCGGAGGCGCCCUCGAAAUCAUCAGUGCCCGGCCCAGCCUAUUCGCCCCAGACAUUCUCGUUGCUGAGGUAUCAACAGUACUUUGCUAAUCUGACAUAUAUCAAUAACGAUUUCACGCAAGACUUGAGCGGCACUGGUGCGAGUGCUGCGAAGUGGCACGAAGGCAAGCACAAGGGUAAAAAGCCACACGAAAAGGAUCACAAACCAACGCCCAGAAAGUUCAAGUAUGAAGUACUUUACGACACCAAGGAAGACAAGGUGUACCAUUUGGAUGAUCUCACAGUGCCUAGCAUGAUUGAGCUGGCGAGAAGAAUAGGCGAUUUCAAGGCAGAAGGCGCAAGCGAAAUGGACGAAGAUGGUCACGUUGAGAAUGAGUGCCGAGAAGUUAGUGAUCAGGGCAAGAAGAAGGAGAAGAAGAAGCACGGCAAGAAGAAGCACGGCAAGAAGAAGCACCAUAAAGGGGGAAAGAAGCAUCGACAUCGUCAGCGAAAUGAGGCAUGGUAUACGUUCGUACGCAGGGCAUACGUCGAUACCAUGAGCCCCGAGGAGUUAGAGGACGAGUUUGGAUGUUGAUCAGCAACUCACGACAGAUGAAAUUCACGAAAAAUUUGGAUCAUGGCGUAAAGGAAUGUGCGGUUGGUCCACUUCAAAGAAGUUCUUGUGGCAUAGGCUCAGCCGGAUCUGCAUGAUUCCAGUAUCAUCACUCGCCGUCCACUGUGUUCAGGAGAACGUCGCUUGCCUGCUGGGCGGCAACGUUUUCUCGAUCUUGGAAUCAUCCCCGUGUAACAAGGUAGUAACUCUUUCAGUCUCGCGGGUGCUGAAGACAACCGAAGAGGUCGAUACCAGCGUUUCGCCACCAAAGCAAUGACUGCGCCGCUCCAAGCAGGCUCAGCCUGCUCUUUGUACGGCAUUUCGGAACGGAGAGUGAGCAUUGCCAUACUGGCACUGUGUACUAUCUCUCUCGGAAUUGCUAUAAUUUGUGCCAUCCAGAGCAAAAGACAGCACAGCAUGCAGUGGCAACGAUCGAUGUUCAAGAGCUUUUGCACGUCUGUCGUAGCAGAAGCAGACAAUCGUCCACGAGCAUGUGCCGUCAAUGGCAUAGGCGGCUUGACCUGGACAGCAAGGGUUCAGAGCAACAUGGUCGUCACAUGCAAGACAAAAUAAGCCUCAAUAAGGUAUGCAAGACGGCGUGGGCGGAAGGACUCUGGGAUGAGGUGCCAGGUGUUUGGUCCAGCCGACCUCGGCUCGGCUAUUCCGGUCGGCGAAAGAUGAGCACAACCUCCGACUUGCGAGAACGAGGACCAGGGGGGGAGGGGGGAUCGCGGCGCGGGUGAACUCGAUAUAAUAUACUGUUGUAAAUGUGAGCUUCAUGUGAAGAAAAAAUAAAGAUA